UUCCGGUCAUGUUUGAUCGUUAUCUGCAAGAACAUGCAAGAAUCCUGGGUAGUUCAAUGUUCGGACAAUCUACCAACACUGACCAAAACGCUAGGUAUUGUUUGUGCUACAGAAAUGAUCGUUGUUCUUUUUAGUUGAACUUUGAUUAUCAAUACAUGACACUGCAAAUUAUCACUGAAACAAUGGAACUUAAGUGCCUUAUGGAGCUGAUGUGCUUGACCUGGUAGUUAUAUACAGAAGUGGCGAAUUAAAGGGAUGUAACAUGACAAUGCAUUGAACAAACAAAUACCGUGAUUUCGAACAAGAUUCGGUAUUUGAUUCUGGAGGAAAACGAAUGUGAGAACACGUAAAAUACAGCCUUUAAUGUGGAAUGUUCUCGUACAUACAUAGAUAGUUAGCCUCGAGUGACCACUGAAACUAUGCGUUCCAAAUACCUAGUUAGCCUCGAGUGACCACUGACACUUUGCGUUCUAAAGCUGUUGCGGAGCUGAACUAACAAAACCCGGACGCUGAAGAGAAAGAUCACAUACCCAUGCGAUGGACGGCGAACCAGAAGGCGGCGAGGCGGGACUGUGGACGUUCAUUGUGGCAUGCGGGACCGCCACUGUCGGGAUGAUGACGUCACUGAGCUUCCUUGUGUUCCACAUAUACCACAGAAGAAACAAGAUUGUAAAGAUGACCAGUCCAGCCAUGAACAUCGUCACGAGCGUCGGUGCCAUGCUGCUCUGUUUCGUCUGCUUCCUGAACGGUCUGGACUUCCUGUUGCGCGCAAAUAUCCACGUGCUCUCUGCGCUCUGUCAGGUCCGACUCUGGUUGACGGUGCACGCUGUAACGCUCAUGUUUGGGCCGCUUGCCGCCAAGUCAUGGCGCGUCCACUGUAUCUUUAAGUACGGAUUUGCAAAGAAAGUGGUGAUCCGGGACGGACGGCUGUUCACAGGACUGCUUGGCCUCUUGGCCGUUGACGCUGUUCUUCUCGGUCUAUGGCAAGUUAUCGACCCUCUCUCACUACACCACACGUGGCUCUUUGAACGGACUUUAGAUGAAUCAACUGAAGCUGGCAGCGAUAACAUAACAACCCCAGCCAGCGUCACUGUCGUACGCGAGUGUAGCUGCAACAAUUACGCCGUCUGGCUUGCGCUGCACGCUGUCUGGAAGGUGGCGCUCCUAGCCGCCUGCCUCCACCUCGCAUGGCGGACUCGCGUCGUCUCAGUACCCUCCCUCAACGACGCAGGUUCCACGGUCACCGUCAUCUUUCUCACCGUGUUCGUAACGUUAUGUGCUGCCAUGGUUACCACGAGUCUCAGGCAACAUAGUGACGCAGUGAACAUCAUUACCACCAUCGCCAUAUCAGCGUGUGCAAUAUUUGUGCAAAUAAUUCAUUUUCUCCCGAAGGUUCGUUACUGGUGGAAGACCCCUAACGACGUCUCUUUGCGCGUGUCCUCCUCCUCGCUCCGGGAGCUGGCGAGCGCGGAGUUACCGCCGUUCCAAAUUGGCGACCUAAACGGAAACACCGUCUUGCCGCACGGGGACGGCAUCGUGGAGAUAGUGGAGGAAAAUAAGGCGCUAAAGGACUCACUUAUGGAGAAGGAGGGUUUGAUAUCAGCGCUGCAGUCUAACCUAGACCUGGCUAAAGAAUCUCUAUCGAAGCUGCCCUUGACAUUGGACAUCAGCGGGAAACACGACAGCGGCAUGGAAAAUGACGCUUCUUCCGGGGAACACGAGAACCCGGAAGGCGAGUAUGAUCUUUUGCGGACUCCCCGAUGUGAGGUGCCCCGGGACCGAAGCGGCCUGUAUCGUGUGGAGAACGCGUCGGAAAGCCGAGAUGAUUCCUUAGAAGAUGCCGCUUUACAGCAGACGGAUGUUAAAAUUGCUCGCUCGGCAAGUGUUCAGAGCAGCAAACGUAGUUUUGUGGCAGAGUUUACGGACAUAACGAAGUCAGUGGCUGCAAGACUCGAAACUGCUGCGUGCAUAAAUUCUGAUCUCAGGAACUCAAUUUCAGCUGAUAUGGAACGCCCAUAUAGUGAAACGGAAUGGAUAUAUGAAUCCAACACGGACAACGAUCAAAUGGCGGACUCCAUCGCCAAGUCGUACAACCUAGGCGACAAUCACGAACUGGUCUCGUACCUUAACACCCAUCUUCCACGUGAAAACAGCGUCUUCCAGAUCCGGAGGUCGCGCCGACACAGCUCAUCUUCCGCCAUGUCUUUUCAAUCAACGGGAAGUGGCUCCUGUCGGAGCCCCGACCUUGAUAGCGUCUCCGUUGACGUUCCGUCCCAAUCACGUGACUCCGCGUCCGCUACGCCCAACUCAGUUCAGCACGCGGACAUCCUUAGAUAUUACUCAUAUCGCCAUAUGAAUGACGGCUUCCAGAGAUUCAAAACGUACAGAAUCAACAGGGACUUCCGGCGCUCAGGAUACAGACGUAGACAAUCUGCUCCGGUUGCAAGGACACCAUCAAAUGUCUCCGUAGCACCUCCUGUACCACCUAGAAAAAAGCCGGUUGAUAUUUACGCCGUCCCAAAUGUUGUACAAAGACCGCCUAGGUUGUACAUGAACCCGAAGUGGCCAAAAGAUUCAUUUGUAUAAAAUGCGGAACUUUUCAUUUGUGAUAUUAAUAAGUCGUGUGUGUUGCCAUUAAAAUAACUUUAACAUUUCCACAUUUUGUUCUACAGGGGGAUCCACAUCAAGCGAAGCCACCCCUAAUGAAAUGCCUGCGAUAAUAGUGCACAUGAAUUAUUACUAGAAUGAUUUAACAAAGAUUUAGUUUGGUGUUGGUCUAAUUCGGAAAAUCAAAUAUGCGUUUGAAAAGAACCAUUUUGCCAAAGAAUGUACAUAAAACUUGUUGGCUCGAUAUCGCUUGACUCGAUAUCCUCGAUUGCUCGAUCUGAGUUAAAAGGACCGGUAUUUAUUUACUAUAUUUUCAUAUUAACUUCGAUCCGAUGGCUCGAUUUCUCGAGGGUCGAAUUUUCUAAUUAAUCCUGGUAGUAAUGCUAACGAUGCGAUGACAGUUGUAAUAUAUACAUUAUAAAACCUAUCAUGAGACUGAACACCAUGUCAUCGGCACAACACAGGGAAAUAUCUACAGUUAGUUUUGUUUGAAAGUGAAGUCAAAUAACAGAAAUAGGGACUUUUAAAAGUUCAUAGAUAGAAAAAUAAAAUGCCAUGAUAAAAUAACUGGAAAUAAAACAUAUCGUCGUAUUCGCACAUUGAGGUUAAUGAACGCUUAGAAUGGUUGUAACGGUAUCCACUGUGUAACACUAUUUUACAUAUAAAUGGAAAAGGAUCAAACCAUUGAAGCUUACAACAUGUAUUUAUUUCGUUAAACAUGAACACGCAAAUCAUAUUGUAUAUAAUUGUAGCUAUCCACAUUUUCGUAAAAACGUAUAUUGUAUUAAAAUAAUUUAUUAAAGCAACAUAUCAA